UGUGAAGGAGCCAAAGGGGGAUUUGCACUGUGCCAUGGCUGAUUUUUUUUUUUGUAUCCAGUAUCACGCAACAAGCUACUGAAGUACGGUGAAGGAGAAUGACCGCUCGCAGUCGCCCUGCGCGCAAAAACGCGUUCGUCCGUUUCGGUUCGGAAAAGUGCGCUCAAACGUUAGGACAAAACUGAGGACUUGGACUCGAGAAUAUGCUGCCCGGCAUCGACCUCAACAAACCGAGAGCUCAAAGCCACGCGUAAAGGAGGAAUGGGGUGCAAGGAUGCCUCAGCUUCGCUCCUUCAGACGCUCGUCCUGUCCCUGCUGUGCGCACAGUCGCUGGGACAGGUCUUCAACCUCACGCUGUCUGUUAAAGAGGGUCUUCCGGCCAGAACUAUCGUUGGAGAUCUGGGAGCGGGACUAAGCAGGCCGAGCACUGGGUUUUUCAUCUCAGAAAGCAGAGACUCGUAUGUUUUCAGAGACUUGGAAAUAGACGCGGACACGGGCAUCAUCUCCACAGCUGUAGUCCUGGACAGAGAGAGCAGGGAUAAGUAUGAAUUUGUGGCAGCCACUCUCACAGGUGAGAUGAUAAAAGUGACAAUAGAGGUGAAAGAUGUGAACGACCAUUCUCCCGUGUUCCCCUCCGAGCAGGUUGAGCUGGAAAUAUCAGAACUGAGCCCACCGGGGAGUCGGUUUCAGAUUGAAGGUGCUAAAGACCAGGAUGAGGGCGAGUUUGGUACUCAGGGAUACAGGAUCACAGAGAGUGAGAUGAGUGACUUAUUCCACCUGGAUUAUCGCAGUGGAUCUGACAACCACCUCAGCCUGGAUCUAGUUCUUAACAGUAAGCUAGACAGAGAAGCGCAGGACUUGUACACGCUGACAAUCGAGGCCUUUGAUGGGGGGAUCCCAGCCAGGACCGGGACUCUUCAGGUGAACAUCCACGUCCUGGAUGAGAAUGACAACCCGCCUGUGUUCAACCAGACUGAAUAUCACACCUCAGUGCGUGAGGAUGCUCCAGUCAUGUCUGCUGUGUGUCAGGUGCAGGCCACUGACUAUGACCUGGGUGACAAUGGCAGACUCACGUAUGAGAUCAACAGGAGGCAGAGCGACCCAAAUGAGGUUUUCUCCAUCAAUGAAACCACCGGGGUGGUCUAUCUCAACAAGCCGCUUGAUUUUGAGACUCAGGCUUUUCAUGAGUUGAUCAUCAGCGCAAGAGACAACGGGGUUCAGCCUGAGUACAGCAGCACUUUCGUGGGUGUCAGAGUGCUUAACAUCAACGAUAACAGCCCCACCAUCAGUGUACUGUUUCUCAGUGACGCAGGAGAUGCUGUGGUGUCUGAAUCAGCAGCAGUCGGGGACUACGUAGCCCGGAUUUCAGUGUCGGACCCCGACCUCGAGGGGGAGAGGAUCACUGUCACACUCGAGGGAGGUGAUGGGAAGUUCACCCUGAAGCAGACAGAUGACUUUCUGUAUGCACUGUGUGUUAACUCUGAGCUGGACAGGGAGGAGAAGGAUUUGUAUGAGCUGAAGGUGCAGGCAUCAGAUUUUGGCAACCCUCCCCUGAGCAGUGAGACGGUCUUCCUCCUGAAGGUGUCGGACAUGAAUGACUGUUACCCAGUCUUUGAGAAGGAUGCGUAUCUCAUAAGUAUUUCUGAAGAUGCUCCUCAGGGGAGUUCCCUCAUCCAGUUUCAGGCUCGAGACGCAGAUGAGGGUGCAAACUCAGAGGUCCGAUACUCCAUUCUGAAGUCCAACCAGGACAGCCUGAUCAACAUUGACCCGGAGUCAGGCCUGGUCACCACAGCUGCAGCUCUGGACAGAGAGACGCAGGUGGAGAUAUGGUUCCUGGUGGUGGCAGUGGAUGGAGGAGAAGCGGCUCUGUCAUCCACAGCGACAGUCACGGUGCUCGUGGAAGACGUCAACGACAACGAGCCAGUGUUCGAGCAGCAGCUGUACAAUGUGUCCAUACUAGAGCAGAGCGAUGUUGGAAGCUGCUUUUUACAAGUCGUCGCUACAGAUGCAGACAGCCCUGAGUUUGGGACGCUGCUCUACUCUCUGUCUGACGGCUUCGACAAACAGGCCACACAUCCGCUCUUCCAAAUAAACCCCCACACCGGAGAGCUGUGCGUCUCCCAGGAUGUUGAUCGAGAUACGGGACAGACGGUCCACGACAUCCUGAUCAAGGCUGAGGAUCCAGGAGGCUUGAGUGCUCAAACCUAUGUGCACAUUGAGAUCGAGGACUUGAACGACAACGCUCCAGUGUUCAGCCCUGAGGAGUACACCGUGAGCAUCAGCAGCCACGCGCAGCCUGGCACAGAGAUCGUCAGCGUUAUUGCCACUGACAGAGAUUCUGGCAGGUUUGGCCAGGUUACCUACGACCUCCUUCCUGGCGACAUGUCCACUUUGUUUUCGCUGGAUAAACAAACAGGAAUGCUUCUCCUGACCUCCACUCUGACUCACCUGGGCACAGCUAAUGUAAAGCUCUUGAUAACAGCACAGGACGGAGGAGGCUCGAUCUCAGCCAGACCUGCAGAGGUCACGAUCAAUGUUUUACGCAGUGCUCAGGCUCCAGCUGUGUUCCAGAGGUCACGUUACGCUUUCACAGUGCCUGAGGACGCACCACCGGGGACACCUGUGGGGACGGUGCAGGCCAUCAACCCAACAGACUCCAUGGAAUCUGUAUCUUAUCGAAUCUCUUCUGGAGACCCUCAGAGUUUGUUCUCCGUUCAUCCAAAGUUGGGUCUGAUCACUAACCUCAAGCCCCUGGAUCACGAGUCUCAGCCGUACGCUCUUCUGGUUCUUCAGUCCUACACCGACGCCUCUCCCGUUUACAGCACCACCCAAGUCAACAUCACUGUAGCUGACGUUAAUGACAACGCCCCCAUCUUCCCCAAACAUAGUGACACCAUCACGGUGUCACAAAACACUCGACCGGGAACCGUGUUGUUCAUCGCUCACGCGCAUGACUAUGACAGCGGUGCCAACGGUCGGGUGCAGUAUUACCUGAAGAGCAGGAAAAAUGGCGUGUUUGUUAUUGAUCACAAUCUCGGGACGGUUACGCUAAAUGAGAGUUUAGAAAUGGAUCAUCAGCAGGGAUACAAUCUGGAGAUUGUGGCCAAAGAUGAAGGAGAACCUUCCCUGAGCUCCACCCUGACCCUCUCAGUAAACGUAGACCAAACGACUGCCGAAGACAGCCUGGCAUUUGAGACGUUGAUCUAUCACGUGGAGAUUGGGGAGGGCUACAGGAAAGAUGCUCGGGUCAUCCAAGUGAGGGCUCACCGAACCCGGGGAGCCCACAUUUCAAACUCCGGCAUCAUCUACUCUUUGGAAGGAGAACCUGGCUUCCCUCUGGUUCCGUUUCGGAUUCACCCAAAGACGGGAUGGUUGUAUCUCUCAGCCAACCUGGACUAUGAGACAGAGUCCAAGUAUCAUUUUCGAGUGUUGGCUACGGAGGCUUCACUGUCAAAUACCACGGCUAUGGCCACAGUGACGGUGCUGGUGCUGGAUAUCAAUGACAACGCCCCGGUGUUCAGCAGGGACGUUUACUACUUCACUGUGUUGGAGGGGUCGUCGCCACAAGGUCUGGUGGGAACCGUCAAGGCCGUGGAUAAGGAUUCUGGGAAAAACGGCCAGUUGUCCUAUCUCCUGCUCUCAGAUGGGAAAUUCUUCCGAAUCAAUGCUAAAACAGGUGAAAUCAUCAACUGGGUGGCACUGGACCGGGAACAGUACAGCCAGCACAGUCUGAAGGUGAUGGUGACAGAUCAGGGUCACCCUCGUCUCAAUGCCACCGCCACCGUUCACAUCCUGAUCGCCGACAUCAAUGACAACGCGCCGCAGUUCACUCACCUGCCAGCCAGUAAAGAGCUGAAUGUGCAGAUAUGGGCUGGUCUACAGUCAGGAUCCUUGGUCACGAACAUGUUUGCCAAAGACUUGGACGCAGGAGAGAAUGGAACAGUUAUUCAUUCACUGGUCACAGAUGAUGAUCUGGAGCACUUUGAGAUUGACAGCAAAACUGGAGACAUCACAACAACAGAGCUCUUCAACCAAGAUGCAAAAGCGUACUACACUCUGAAAGUGACCGCCAGGGACAGCGGAGUCAUCUCUCAGGAGGACACUGCAGUCAUUCAUGUACAGAUUCAUGGAUUAGAAGAUCCAUACGGCCGCUCCGAUCGCCAAAUUGUGAGACGCUUUUUGGUGCGGGAGGACACGGAGCCUGCGACUGUUAUUGGCUCUGCACGUGUUUCAGAUAAAGGGAGAUUUCACUAUUCCAUCACUGAGGGGGACGGGAGUGUUCACUUUGGGAUCGACAGCUCCUUCGGUGACAUAUACAUCAACCAGCCGCUGGAUUACGAGGCUGCCAUGCAGUACUUCCUCGUGGUUCGUGCUGAGGACGCCAGCCUCAUUCCCAUCGUGAAUGUGUCUGUUCUGAUUUGUGUGAUAGUGGAGGAUGUGAACGACCACACGCCCUGGUUCCCUGAUAAACUGGUGAUGUUUGGUCUGAGGGAGGACGCUGCAGUCGGAUCGCUGGCGUAUGCUUUUCAUGCCAGAGACGCUGACGGGACCUUUCCAAACAGUGCCCUCCGCUAUGAGCUCGCCUUUGACGCUGAAGUCAGCGGGUCAUCAUCACCCUUCCCCUUUCGGAUCGACCCUUACACGGGGAGCCUGACUGUAGCAGCACCUUUAGAUCGCGAGAGCACCCCCAGCUUUGCAUUCACUGUAACAGCCACAGAUCAGGCGAAGGAGAAGAAUGAGCGUAAACAGGCUUCGGUGACGGCUCAGCUCUUCCUGCUGGACGUGAACGAUAACCGGCCGGUGUUCGUAUCAGCAGACACAGCUCAGGCGAUGGAGGACGCAGAGGUGGGGAGUCUGCUGCAUCAUUUUGUGGCAAUAGAUGGAGAUCAAGGUGAAAAUGGGAUCGUUUCCUUCUCUAUUAUUUCUGGAAACAAGAAAGGCUUGUUCACACUGGAGGAGAAGACAGGCCUCUUGCUUCUCACUGCCCCGUUGGAUUAUGAGACAGAACGUUUCCACCGCCUGACCGUCCGUGCGCUGGACCAAGGCCUGCCCUCACUCUCCUCCACCCAGACUCUGACAGUGGAGGUCGGGGAUGUGAAUGACCAGGCGCCUGUGUUUAGGCAAACCAUUUACACCGCCACUGUGGCAGAGAACAGAGACCCUGGAGAACCAGUGAUCAGGGUCUCUGCCACUGAUGAGGAUUCAGAGGAGAACGCUGUGGUGUGGUACAGUCUGCUGCCGGGUCCCGGCUAUGAGCUCUUCAGCAUCAACCCAUACACCGGCCUGAUUACCACCACCUCCUACCUGGACAGAGAGCAGCAGCAGCAUUUUACUCUCAGAGUCCAAGCUCGUGACAGCAGCGCUCGGCCACUUUCGAGCACGACGACGGUGAUGUGCUCUGUGCUGGAUGACAACGACAACCCCCCAGAGUUCAUGCAGUCAUCCUUCCGCAUCAGCAUCCCGGAAAACCUUCCUCCUGGGGUCAUCCACACCGCCCAGGCCUCUGACCCAGAUCACGGAGAAAAUGGCACCAUUCACUACUCCAUAGUUGGUGAGGACUACAGAGGUCGGUUCACCAUCAACAGUCACACCGGAGCCAUUAGCACCACACAGGUCCUUGACCGGGAGGAAAUGCAGAAUUACACACUCACCAUCCAGGCCCGUGACUAUGGCCCCACACCACUCAGCUCCUUCACCCAGCUCCAUCUGGUGCUGCUGGACCAGAACGAUAACAUCCCUUCUUUUACCCGCAAGAGCUAUCAUGCCUCUAUCAGCGAGGGCCUCUCCGCAGGAGCUGAAGUCCUGCGUGUAAGUGCGUCGGAUCCUGACGAAGGGUCUAACGGGGAAGUGACCUACACCCUGACAGAUGAUAACAGCCAAGGGGCCUUUUUAAUCGACGCCUUCACAGGAGCGAUCCGCACCACCAGGUCUCUGGACCGAGAGAGCAGAGCUCAGUACAGCCUCAGAGCUGUCGCUACCGAUGGAUGCACUCAGGGACCGCUGAGCUCUUUGGCGUCGGUCACCAUACAGGUGGAGGACGUGAACGACAACAUGCCGGUCUGUGAGCAGACUCCCUUCAACGAGUGGGUUUCCAUGAGGACACUGCCGAACCAGAUAGUUACCACAGUGACAGCAGCAGAUGGGGAUCAGGGUGAGAAUGGGACGAUACAUUAUGCGUUAUCAGACGAGGAGAAUCUGUUUGACAUCAACACAGAGACUGGAGAGAUUUCACUGAGAAGACGAGUGAGAGCGGGUUUCUCUGGGAGGAAGCUGCAAGUUGUCGUUUCAGACAGAGGACAUCCUGCUCUGACCUCUACCUGCCUGGUUUUUAUCCAUCUGAAGGGGGAACACGAAGGACUGCAGUUCACAAGCAAAGUCUACAACGCCAGUGUCAAGGAGAUCAGCAGAGCUGGCACUUGGAUUGCAAAGGUGGAGGCCAACGACCAAAGCAGCAGCAGACAAAGAAUAACAUACACCAUAUUUAGCGGCAACGAGAACCAGGUUUUCUCCAUUAACCGUCACACUGGUGAAAUCCGAGUGCAGAAGGAUAACUCUCUGGACUUUGAGGUGAACCCCCACAUCCAGCUGGUGGUGCUGGCUGACAGUGGGCUGCAGACGGCUCACUGCAGGGUCUCCAUCACUCUGGUGGACAUCAAUGACAACGCACCACAGUUUGAACACAGCAGCUACAGGACAGCUGUCUGGGAGGGCCAAGUGCACAAUACCUACAUUAUGCAGGUGUUUGCCUCCGAUGCUGACAGCGGCAUGAACGGCCAGAUUGAAUACUCCAUUCUCUCUGGUAACCUUAAUGGAGCUUUCAUUUUGGACUCUGUACGAGGAAUCCUUGCGACCAACGUUUUACUGGACCGCGAGAUCACUCCAUCAUACAAGUAUGCUCAAACUGUGGAGUUAUCAGAGCUGGUCUCAGCAGACACGUUUGUCAUGUCUGUGUCAGCUACCGACAGAGAUUCUGAACUCAAUGGCAAGAUCAACUACAGACUGCUUUCAUCUCCCCUGCAAGGCUUUUACAUCCAGCCAGAGGAUGGGUCUAUUUUUACUAACAAGCCCUUAAAGGCCAUCACAAACAGCAACCUGAUCCAUCUUCUGGUUGAAGCAAGAGAUGGAGGAGAUCCUGUGCACUCCACCGUUACCUCCAUAGACGUGCUGAUUUUGGACACCAACGACCACGAACCUUCGUUUUACCAGGACAUAUACACACUCACCGUCCCGGAGGACACGCCUAUAGACACUACCCUGCUGACUCUUUCUGCAGAGGACCAAGACUGGAGCCCUGAAAAUACCUAUUUGGACUAUACCAUCACCGGGGGAAAUGAGGAGAAAAGAUUCUGUCUGGAAGUAAAAAUGGUUCAGAUUGAGAAUCAGAUUAAAAAUGUUGGAAAGCUUGUUCUUUGCAACGCUUUAGACCGUGAAACUACUGAGAGCUAUGCAUUAACAGUGAGCGUUUCUGAUCGAGGAAUGCCUCCACUGAACAGCUCUACCGUCGUCAUGGUGACUGUAGCAGACUGCAAUGACAAUGUCCCUGUGUUUUCCAGCACAGAGUACCAUGCACAAGUAAGUGAAAACAGCCAGCUAGGUACCAAACUGGUCCAGGUCAGUGCCCACGAUCCCGACCUCGGAACCAAUGGCCUGGUGCGGUAUGAUAUAAUUUCUGGGAACAGUAAAGGUCACCUCAAGCUUGAUCCUCAGUCUGGCCUCUUAGUAGUCAACAACUCUCUCGACUAUGAAAAAGACUCGAAAUACAUCCUCACCAUCCGAGCAUCGGAUGGUGGCAAAUCAUCUGAAAACCAUAAAGUGGCAUUUACGGUUGUCUUCAUCACGGUGUUGGAUGAGAAUGACAACACCCCAUAUUUCAUGUUUCCUACAGUUAACUGUUCUGUGCUGGAGAACCUCCCUGCAUUUACCCAUGUAUGUUCUGUUCACGCUGUUGACAAUGACUUAGGCCCUUAUGGGCAGCUCACCUACUCUGUUAUGUCCUCCUGCUUCAUGAACUAUGGCAGCGGUAACCCAGAGAGGAAGGAGGCCUUUGCUAUCAAUCCCCUGACAGGCGACAUUCACACCAGACAAACCUUUGACUACGAACGAGAAAGCGAGUACUGUUUUAUAGUGGAAGCCAGAGAUAAAGGUGACAAAGCUGCUACAGUGAGAGUCCAAGUAAAUAUCAAGGGAGUGGAUGAAUUUAGUCCGGUCUUUACCCAGAAGCAGUAUCACUUUCUGUUGCCAGAAAACGUCAAGCCUGGUGAUACAGUCGGUUACGUGAUGGCAAUGGACCAUGAUGGAGGUGUGGACGGGGUGGUGGAGUACUCACUUGUGAAUUCAUCACCUUUUUUCUCCAUUAACAGAACAAUUGGGGCUAUCUUUGUCUCUGGUCCUGUGUAUCAUAGGGCAGGCAGCCAGGACAUGGUAGAACUGGUUGUUUCUGCAGCUAGUCCCAGAUUAGGCUCCAGGACUACAACCUGCCUGGUUUUUGUCAAUAUCUCUAGUUCAGCUGAAGCACUAACUGGAGUCCCCCUGGAUACUCAUAUGCUCAGUUUGACUGUUUCAUUAAUCAUGUUUCUCUUUCUGCUUAUCCUUUUUGUGAGCUUGGUUCUCAGAUGUAAGCUCAAAGAUGCAGCCAUCAGAAAGGCUGCUGCCAUUGCUACGCACUUGAGCCAUGGAACAAGCUCGCUCACGAGACAUAAUAACCAAACACAAAGUUCCAUGUCUUUGCAUGACAUUACACGCCCAAGCAUCAUGGUGACUAAAAUGGACAUCUCAAACCCAUAUAAUCCAUCAGACUCGAGCGGGCGAGGUUCAGCGGAAGGCGAGACAGCUGAGGACCAGGAGAUCAAGUGGAUCAACGAAUACCCCUGCCGUAAAAGAAACGAAUCUGCCCAGAAGUCCACAGAGAUCCCACACUCUGCCUUACUAGGAGAUAAUAUCUCUUGCAGUUCUAUCAAUGUAGGACCAGAGCACAUCUUAUCAGUCAAUAAAUGUUUAGUCUCAGGGAUAGCCAGCACAGAAAGUCUCCACCACUUCAAAGAGGAAGGAGGAGGCGAGGGACUACUUCCUGGAAUACUCAGGAUGAGAGAUUUAAAGGAGAACAUGGGGAUAAAAGGGUUCGUCCCCCUUUCUGAAGCCCAGGCUUCUGCAGAUUCUCUCUCCUCACUGGUGUUUCUAGACGAGGAGUUGCAAGGUAGCUACUGCUGGGACUACCUUUUGGACUGGGAACCCCGUUUCCAGACUCUAGCCUCCGUAUUUACUGAUAUUGGGAUGCUCCCUGAUGAGGAACUUCAAGAUGGCCGUGAGGACUUAGCAGCAGAAUCGAGUUGUCUCAUGUACCCACCACCUCUUAUAACAGGGGUAGCACAGCCGGGCAUAAGGACCGUUCCUCCACGAAAGCCGGGGCGUGUGCCAAGCAUCGCCAGACGACCCUCUUACCGGAAAUAUGCUUAUUCCCCCUUAGCCAGGAACACUGGACUUACCCCUUCAGCUAUGACACCUAAUUUCUCCCCAUCACUGUCUUCGCUCACUAUAAGGACCCCCAGUGCCUCACCAGUUGUCUCAGACACUGGAGUUGGGGGGAUCAGACUUGAAUCAGGACCCCUCACUGCUAGCCUUUUAGAGGCAGAAAUACAGGUAUAGCCAAAAAUUUUAAGUGACAUCACUUUCAUUUACGAUUCACCUUUUGAAGUUUUUUUAGGAGACACUGCUCAGUUUGGUUGUGAUUUUGUUGAUAUUCAGAUAUAUUCCUGGUAUCAUUUCCAUAAUAGCCUCAUUGUCCACUUGUAGGGUUUUAAAGGGUGAUACAGUAAUACAACACAAUAAUAUCCUAUUGAAGUUAUUGUAGUGGUUUGCAUUCCGGGCGAAAUCGUAACUCACUUCAGUAAAAAUACUAAAUUAAUAUCUGGAAAACUCGGACUGAAACCUGUCUUGCAUUAUAUUCUUGUUAUGUACAUGUCUGAAAAAGAGCAGAUGUUCCAGUCAGCAAUUAAUUACCGAAUGUUUUAUUGUAAACAUGUAUAUGAGCAGAAAAUGAAACACUUUGUUAUUGCAGUUGGUUGCAGCUUCUAAAUGGAAACUUUUUCAUGGUUGAUUUAACUUUAAUAACCAAAGAAAGGCAAUAUUUUUCUGUGGUUAGCUAUGUUAGCUGCUUCCUGGAAUAAUAAAAAAUGGUAUUUUGAAUCCAGGCCUUUUUGCCUCCCCUUUUCAUAUAAUCCCUCAAUAAAUCCCAGUGAGAAACAGAAUACAUUUUAUUCCUUCAAUUUAAUACUUUAAUACUUUUAAAGAUAAAAGAAAGGCUGGGUUAGUGCAGCUAUCUCUCAAAACCAAAAUACAGUUCAGAAAUUCCUCACUGGUACGAAGUUUGUACAGAUUAUACCGUUUCUGCUAUCUCUAUUCAUGAACCAGCUUCAGAUUUUUGUCAUUUUCUCAUGAUAUAUAUUCAUGAUUGUGUCUGUGCGCUGUCUGUAAACUAUGGCCACCCUGUUAAUAAACAGCACUUCAGGUAUAAUU